AUGAAGAAGUUUCCUCCGACAGUGGUGGUGGUGGUCGCCUUCUUCAUCUGCUGGGCCCCCUUCCAGGCCCAGAGGCUCUUCGCCAUGCAGGCCCAGGGGAAGCACAACUCCCCGCGGAUGGUCUUCUUCUACCAGUGCAUCACCUACAUCUCGGGGCCCCUCUACUACCUCUCCACCACCGUCAACCCCUUCCUCUACAACAUCAUGUCUCUCAAGUUCAGGGCGGCGUUCAAGGAAAUCACCAAGUGUCGUUUCGAAUCUAGUUGCCCUAAGCACCUUACCGAAUACUCGUAUGCCAAAGCAGUCCAUAGAAUAAGAACUUCAAGGUGCGUAACGAAGGCACCAUCUGUUGCAGUCGACGCUGUCGCGGUGCCUCAACGGCCGCGAGUCGACCCGCUGCGAGCUGUCCAGCGAGUGCCGCGGCCCGAGGCACAACUACUCCGUGCUCAGCCAGCGCUCGGCCCGGGGGGGCCAGUCCGUGUCCUCGGGCAACUCCUUCGUCGAGGCCCCGGACAUCAACCGCCGCCCCCUCGUCUUCAACUUCAGGAGGGCCCCCAACUGCAAUGA